AUCAGAGAGCUUCGUGUUGCAAAAACAUUGCUGCGCUAUAGCCUAGCCAAUAGACAGCAUCAAAGGUGUCGGCUAUUUGGAUGUGAUUAUGGCACAGGCUGAUUGUUUAGUUUAUUAAUAUGAAGUGAACUACUAACUCCUGAUGACUGGUAGGUGGCGUAUGUAGCCACUCUACGGGCGUGCAUCUUCUAGAUCACGCUCAUCAGCAUCCCUUCUAUUUGAUUGGCUGCUUACAUUUUUAUUUGCGGGCUGUCACCACUGUCUCACAACAGUGCCUUCGCUGUGAUGGGAGGGAGCGGAGAAUAGAUGGGCGACUGCCUCGCUAGUUUAUUCAAGGAGGAAGAUAAAGGUAUGAGAGGGGCAGGGCAUGGAGAACAGAAGUAGGCUAGAUUAAAGGGAUCUCUUGGUGAUUCUUAGAUCUAGGGCUGUUUAUUGACGAGUGUGUAUCAUAACCAACUGACUGCAAGGGAAAUUAUUUACACGUUUUAUUCAUACUAUCAUUAUAAUGCGGAAGGCAUGUCUUGUAAAGUGACUUGUCACGACAGAGCGAUAAUAUCAGCGUAGUCGGUCAAUAGCGAAGUAUUAAGUGAUAGGCUUAUACGGAACAAAAUAAACAGAGGAGAAGGCGAAUUAUGAACCGAAGAUGAUUUCUGCUAAGAAAACUCCGGAAAAGAGUCGUUAUCCUAUUCACGAUAUGGUGUGGCACAACAAACAUCGGAAGCUGGAGAAAGCGCUAUCCGCGAACAAGCAGGUGGAUGUGGAGACCCUGGACCCCCGGGGUCGGACCCCCCUCCACCUGGCUGUCACUCUGGGUCACCUGGACUGUGCCCGCCUGCUCCUCCAACAUGGUGCCGACGUCAGCAAGGAGAACCGCAACGGAUGGACAGUGCUCCAGGAAGCAGUCAGCACACGAGACCCAGAGCUGGUGCGCCUAGUUCUGCAUUACCGUGACUACCAGCGGACCACUAAGAGACUGGCGGGAAUCCCUGUCCUCCUGGAGAGACUGCACCAGGCUCAGGACUUUUACGUGGAGAUGAAAUGGGAGUUUACUAGCUGGGUGCCGCUGGUGUCUCGUAUCUGUCCCAGUGACACGUACCGCGUGUGGAAGAGUGGCCAGUGUCUGCGUGUAGACACCACUCUCAUGGGCUUUGAUCAGAUGACCUGGCAGAGAGGAAACCGAAGCUUCAUCUUCCGGGGUCAAGACUCCAGUGCAGUGGUGAUGGAGGUGGACCACGACAGACAGCUGGUGUUCUGUGAGACCCUGUGUGUGUCUUCUCUGACGUCUCCCUCGCCUCAGCGGGGCACUACCGGCCUGGGCCUCCUGGGUGCACUACUGCCCAGCGAGGAGCAGGUGGCAGCCCGCCUCUCCGCCCCCGUGGUCACCACCCAGCUAGACACCAAAAACAUCACCUUUGAGAGGAAUAAGACUGGCAUCCUUGGCUGGCGCAGUGAGAAGACAGAGAUGGUGAACGGGUACGAGGCUAAGGUGUACGGCGCCUCCAAUGUGGAACUGAUCACUAGAACCCGAACGGACCAUCUCAGUGAGCCACUCAAGGCGAAGCCCAAAGGCGGUAAGACGCCCCUGCAGAACUUCCUAGGGAUCGCCGAGCAACACGUGGGGCCCAACAAUGGGGCCCUAGUGACUCAGAUGUCAAGUCCUGCCGUGACCAACCCCACAGCCCUGACAGCCGAGGAGUACUUCAAUCCCAACCUGCCCCUGGGCACCCGGGAUAUUGGCCACCCCUGUCAACUCACCACCAAGACUCAGAGGUUCAAGGCUAAGCUGUGGCUGUGUGAGUCCCAUCCUCUGUCCUUAGCGGAGCAGGUGGCGCCCAUCAUUGACCUCAUGGCCAUCUCCAACGCCCUCUUUGCCAAGCUCAGGGACUUCAUUACCCUGCGACUGCCCCCCGGCUUCCCUGUCAAGAUCGAAAUUCCCAUCUAUCACAUCCUGAAUGCCCGGAUCACCUUUGGGAACCUGAACGGGUGUGAGGAGGGGUCUGUGACGGGGCCGGAUCGGGUGGAGGGGGAGGUGGACGGACAGAAGGACAGCAGCCCCAGGACUGACACAGACACCCCCUCCCCAGGCAGCGACUCUUCUAGUGUCUCCAGCUCCAGCUCCACGACGUCGUGUCGUGGAGGGGAGAUCCCCCCGUGUGUGUUCGAGCCCCCUCAGGGUUACACUGUGCUGGGAGGUAACCAGAGGGCAAACAACAUGCGUGGUGAUGAGGAGGAGGACCUGCUGCAGUUUGCCAUCCAACAGAGUCUGCUGGAGGCUGGCUCUGAGUACGACCAGGUGACUAUCUGGGAGGCGCUGACCAACAGCAAGCCCAGCACACGUACUCUUCCCUGUGACCCCAGUCGCCUGCAAAGGACUCCCCAGCACAGGCCUUGCCCUCCAGCCAGUCUCUGUAACACGCCCACCAAGAAGCCCCCAGCAGCCUGCAGCUACGACCAGCAGCUCCGCCUGGCCAUGGAGCUGUCGGCACGGGAGCAGGCAGAGGCCGAGCUACGGCGACGGCAAGAGGAGGAGGAGCUGCAGCGGACCAUCCAGCUGUCACUCAUGGAGAAAUGAGACCCUGAAUUGCCAGAUGGGCUGUAGGAGGUAUGGGAAAGGAGGAGAAGGAGGAAGUGCAGAAAAGGUCGUCAAUAGGAGCACCCUACUCCUGGCUGUGACAGCCUUGCUCCUCCGACAGUCACAUAUCCCCUUUCCCACUGCGCUCCUUCAAUAAGAGCCUGUCUGUGUGGCACAACAGGGCUCUACAGUGCUGAUACAGCUACAGUACAGACUCACUACUCUCUGGUGCCACUCUGCACUCACAGUCAGUGGAAGUUUACAACAAGAAACAAGAAGAAACACUUUUAAUGGAAUACUACAUUGACCGACCACAUCAGUGGUGCUAGGGUAAUACAAAUUGUGUUUGUGUGUGAAGGCCAUGCGUUAAUAAAUGGUCCCGUGAUUGGGGGAUAGGGUUUGUGUCCACUUCACAGACCUGGGUUUUAUUCAUUAGUCACCAAGUGAAAGAAAAUGUAAUGAAACAGGGACGGACUACUUGAAAUUGUCUAAUAAGAAACACUUGUUUUCAUUUACAGUUGGAAAUAAUUCUGCUAUAGUGUGCCCUAAUGAAUACUGCCCUCUGUGUGAGUGUCAGGUGGGUCAAAGGGGUGGGAUGUUGACAUACCCUAUUACUUCCUCAUUUUUAAUAAUUGCUACAUUCCCCCCCCCCCCCCCCCCCCUUUGAUUUGUGCAAAAUUGAAACGUACUGUAUUUACACUGGAUGGAAUCUUGAUGACUGUUUGUGGUUCUAAUAUGUAGAUAGAAUAACCCUGUAGAGUUCAUGUUAAUAUGAUAACACUAUGACAGGAGUUCAUGUUAAUAUGAUAACACUAUGACAGGAGUUCAUGUUAAUAUGAUAACACUAUGACAGGAGUUCAUAUUGAUAUGAUAACACUAUGA